UUCCGCUCUUAAAGGGGCCGCGGCGCGGCGCGGGCGGCGCCGCUGCGCUAUGCGCGGGCGGCCAUGCGAUGGCGGUCGGUGGUGCUGGGGCUGCUGCUGCUGCGGCUCGGGCUGCAGGCGCUGCUGACUCUGCUGCCCGCGCUCGCCCGAGGGCUCUGCCUGCACCCGCGCCUGCCCUGCCCCGGCCCGCGGCCGCCCGCGCUGCCCGGCCCUGCCGCGGGGCGCGGGGCCCGGCUGUGGGGCGCGGCGGCCGGCGGCGAUGAGUACGAGCGGCGCUACAGCGGCGCCUUCCCGCCGCAGCUGCGGGCGCGGCUGCGGGACGCGGCCCGGGGCAUGUUCGUGUUCGGCUACGACAGCUACAUGGAGCACGCCUUCCCCCGCGACGAGCUCGACCCGCUGCACUGCCGCGGCCGCGGGCCCGACCGCCGCGACCCCUCCAACCUGAACAUCAAUGAUGUGCUGGGGAACUACUCCCUGACACUGAUCGAUGCGCUGGACACGCUGGCGGUAAUGGGAAACUCCUCAGAAUUCCAGAAGGCAGUGAAGUUGGUGAUUGACACAGUUUCAUUUGAUAAAGACUCAACAGUCCAAGUUUUUGAGGCAACAAUCAGGGUUUUGGGAAGCCUGCUGUCUGCCCACAUCAUAAUCACAGACACCAAGCAGCCCUUUGGUGAUAUGACCAUUAAGGAUUAUGACAAUGAGCUGCUGCACUUGGCUCAUGACCUGGCAGUGAGGCUGCUCCCAGCCUUUGAGAACACCAAAACUGGCAUUCCCUAUCCUCGGGUGAACCUGAAGAAGGGGGUUCCUCCAGACAGCCACAACGAGACGUGCACAGCAGGAGCUGGAUCCUUGCUGGUGGAGUUUGGGAUCCUCAGCAGGCUGCUUGGUGAUUCCACGUUCGAAUGGGUGGCCAGGAGAGCUGUGAAGGCCCUGUGGAGCCUCAGGAGCAAUAACACUGGACUACUGGGAAAUGUUGUGAAUAUCCAGACUGGCCACUGGGUUGGAAAGCAGAGUGGACUGGGAGCAGGGUCAGAUUCCUUCUAUGAGUACCUGCUGAAGUCCUACAUCCUCUUUGGGGAAAAGGAAGACCUGGAAAUGUUCAACGCUGCUUAUCAGAACAUUCAGAACCACUUGAGGAGAGGUCGUGAGGCCUGCAAUGAGGGAGAAGGGGACCCUCCCCUGUACGUCAACGUGAACAUGUACACGGGCCAGCUGAUGAACACCUGGAUUGACUCCCUGCAGGCCUUCUUCCCUGGGCUGCAGGUGUUGAUAGGAGAUGUGGAAGAUGCCAUUUGUCUCCAUGCCUUCUAUUAUGCCAUAUGGAAACGCUAUGGAGCUCUCCCAGAGAGGUACAACUGGCAGCUGCAGGCCCCAGAUGUUCCCUUUUACCCGCUGAGGCCGGAGCUGGUGGAGUCCACAUAUCUUCUUUAUCAGGCCACAAAGAACCCGUUUUACCUUCAUGUGGGAAUGGAUAUUCUGCAGAGUUUGGAAAAAUAUACAAAAGCAAAGUGUGGCUAUGCCACGUUGCACCACGUGGUGGAGAAGACGAAGGAGGAUCGAAUGGAGAGCUUUUUCCUCAGUGAAACCUGUAAAUAUUUGUACCUGUUGUUCGAUGAAGAGAAUCCAGUGCAUAAAUCUGGGAACAAGUUCAUGUUUACUACUGAGGGCCACAUCGUGUCUGUGGACGAGCGGUUCCGGAACUCUCUGUGGGAGGACAUCCUCCCUGGACAGGAGGACAGCGCCCACAAAACCAAACCCACCGAGCUCAAGGCAGCCAACUUCAGCUCCAACUGUAACAGAGUCCCUGAUGAGAGGAGGUACCUGCUGCCCCUGAAGAGCAACUACAUGAGACAGAUCGACAGAAUGGUGGGACUGAUCUGAGGGACCCUGCAGGGAAACUUCAGAGGAGCUUGGGAUUCCUCUGCAGACAUUCCUCCCCCUUCAGCUGCUCCCUGCACAGGCUGAGUCCCCCAGGUGUCCCCUGGGCCUGGGUCAGCCGUGGACACAAAGGAGAUGGAGCUCAGUCCGAGCUGGGGUAACCUCCUGUGCCACCUGAACAGCUCUUGGUUCAAGGCUUCCUAUGAAAAAUGUUGUUGCAAAUGAAGGCUGAAUAUAUUUUAGGAGAAAAAGAAGGCAAAUUGGCCUGUGCCACUUAGCUACCUCUUUGUAGCUGUGUUACAAAUGUCCCUCUAGAGCAGGGUCUGGUAUUUAAUUUGAAAUGACCUCGAGGCUUGGGGAAGAAGUGGGGAAGUGCAAUUUUUUACACCAAGUUAUUUGAAUUUUUCUGACUAGCAAUACACAACCUUAAGGUCUUCUCAGGUAGGAACCCACUGGGUUUGCUGAAACAGAACUGCUCUGUGUACUCUUGGAAAGAGAACUCCUGGUGGUGUAAGAGCUGUUGGUAGAGUCUGCCAUCCCUGAGGCUCACAGCUGAUAGAAGCUGCAGGGCUGUGAGAGCCUGCAGAAAGCAGUGAUCAAACCAAUCCAGGUGCCUUUUUGGAAGGGAAUGGGGGGAGGGAAGGGGGAAUUGCAAAGCCACUCAGGCAGAAGUUCCCAAAGUUUCCUUGUUUGCCACGUUGUAGUGCCUUUUCAGGAGAGAUGCUGCUAAGAGCUGGUGUCACAGUACAUGAAGAACAAACUAUUUCACAUUCCUGACAGGAUUCAUGUGUUAGUGCCUUAAGUUCUCUUCACUAGCAGGGAAAACUGAGCUUCCUUGGGAAGAUGGAAAAGUGUUUCUGAUGAGCUGGUUGCAAAAUACAGUGGAACCCAAAGUCAAUUCAAAAGAGAUAUUUGGGUUCUUUUUUAAGAUCCUGGAAGAGCAUCUGUGAACUUCCAGGAAGAAAGCAGUUAAGGGUUUGAGGGAUGAGAACAAACUGAGGCCAAAACAACUAUUUUAAAUACAACAAGUUGGGGUUUUUUCCAGUGUUUUCCUGUUGCAUAUAUACUUCUAACUUUUGACUACAGUUGAAGUAGCAGAAUGUUAUUUUUUGGGUUAAUUACUUUUAAAUUGAGGCAUAAAUACAAGGGCAACUUGAUCUGCUGUAUUUUCACCUUCUUUCAACAACAUUGGUUUUCAUAAACCACGUGUUGCAAGUCAAAACAUUUCUAAUAAAUAUGAAGUUUGUGCUGGAGAGGUUAUUGUUGGAAUCUUUUAAUGUACAGAUGCAUCUCAGGGACUUUGUUAUAGAAACUUCUAUUCCAUGAUAGUUGAAUCUUGUAUCCAGGCAGAAAAAAAAAAAUCAUCAAGUCUCAGUCUUAUUAUGUGUGUUUGAAGGGGUGAAGGGUUGGAAGGGGGAGAGGGAAAUAGGUUAAAAUUGCCCAAAAUAUUGCAAUAGAGUGGGUUGGCUUGGUGUUUGAGGCAGCUGGUGAUUCCAGCUUUGCCAAAGGCAUUGAUGGAGUGUGUUUCAAAGGAAAACAGGAAUUCAGGGUGGUUGGGAGAGGUUCAGGCUGUGCUUGCAGCCAGUACAGGGUGAGAAGGGCAGGAGGAUGGGCAGAGGCAGGGGCAGAGAGGGCUGGGCCCAGCUGGGCUCAGCCAGUUCUGCAGUGGGAAGUGGUGGGGUGGGAGCCCAGCACAGCAUCCCACCCUGGCUGUGAAAACUCUGUGAGCAGGAUUCUGGGAUGGACAGGGAUCAGGGAUGGAUUGGACAGGAUUCUGGGAUGGACAGGGAUCAGGGAUGGAUUGGACAGGAUUCUGGCAUGGACAGGGAUCAGGGAUGGAUUGGACAGGAUUCUGGGAUGGACAGGGAUCAGGGAUGGAUUGGACAGGAUUCUGGGAUGGACAGGGAUCAGGGAUGGAUUGGACAGGAUUCUGGGAUGGACAGGGAUCAGGGAUGGAUUGGACAGGAUUCUGGGAUGGACAGGGAUCAGGGAUGGAUUGGACAGGAUUCUGGCAUGGACAGGGAUCAGGGAUGGAUUGGACAAGAUUUUGGGAUGGACAGGGAUCAGGGAUGGAUUGGACAGGAUUCUGGGAUGGACAGGGAUCAGGGAUGGAUUGGACAGGAUUCUGGCAUGGACAGGAUUCCAGGAAGGACAGGACACCAGGACAGACACACCCUAAGUGCAGUGGUGGCUUCUCCUGGUCCAGGUUUGUCCCUGAGCCCAGUGUAGCUCCCUGAAUGUGGCACUGGCCUGUGCUUGUGCCUUCUGAACCCCUGAGCCCAGGGCUGAAUCCCUUCCAGAGCUUUCCAGAGAGAAUUCCACCACUGUGAGGAAGUUCACAACUGUUGUGUCGUUGUGUUUUCCUUGUGAUUGCCAGGAAUAGUGAAAGGUGGCUGAGAAUGGAGCAGCCCAGACAGGAAUUGCAGCCUUCCAGCCAAACAUGGUCAGCUUCCCUUGGGAAUUGCUUUGGAAUUUCUGUUGCCAGGUGAUGUGACAGUCAUCUUUCCACAGAAAUGCUCUUUAUCCUCACAGAGGCUGGUGGUAAAAGACUCUGUUCCUUCAGGAGUCAACUUUUCCUCCUCUUUGUUCUAAAACUGCUUGGAUAUGUUUUUACUCUGUAAGGACAGGGCACCUGUUAGGCACUAAAAUGAGAGUUUGUGUACAAGUGAAUGGCAUCAAAAUGGAACUGGUGACAGUGCUGGAAUCACUUGCUGAAACAGUCUCUUAGAUUUCUUGGUAUCAUGUGCAAUAUCAGGUUUUCCUAACUAAAAGUGCCAUGUAUGCUUAAUUGUUAUUUAUCCAUGAAGUGUUAACUGAGGACAGGAAACUUGGAAGAGGACCAAAUGUGCUUUCAUGAAAUGUCCUGAAUUUUCAACACCUGGCUUGUGUUUUGCAGGUCUGCAUUAAAAAAUAGUGUGUUUGACUAC